AUGGACACCGGAUUGGGUGAUGCGAGUCGAUCUACUCACACAGUGAUCGAUCUAAGUACACCUUCGAAUCUAAGUAAUUUUGAUUUCUAUGAUUCGGGUAACUACGACACACCUACGGGAACGACGCAACAACAUCUUUCAGGAUACGAGGUCAAACCUUCAUUGUUACCUUCCGGUAACAUCUUGUCGUCAGCCUCCUCGCGAGCUCACUUGGGGGCUGCUGGACGCUUGCUCGAGAGUCGUGGUUUUGGGUGGCUUCUGGAGGUGGACGAUGAAGAUGAUACGCAGAGACCGUUGCUCGAGGAGUUGGACAUUGAUCUGACGGAUAUCUAUUACAAGAUUCGCUGUGUUCUACUUCCUCUUCCGUAUUUUCGAAUGAAACUCAACAUAGUAAGGGAGUCGCCGGACUUCUGGGGGCCACUGAUUGUGGUGCUCGCCUAUGCGUUGCUUUCGAUUUAUGGCCAGUUUAGUGUGGUGUCAUGGAUUUUGACAAUGUGGUUCUGUGGAGGAUUCAUAGUUUACUUCAUGGCACGUGCACUUGGUGGGGACGUUGGAUACUCUCAGGUCCUCGGCGUCGUUGGAUACUGCCUGAUUCCUCUUGUUGUUACUGGGGCACUUAUUACGGUUGUCGCGAAGUUCAAAACGCUCUCACUGACCCUUGGCAUUUUUGGAGUCAUUUGGAGUGUUUACAGCGCAGGAACUUUGUUAUGCGUUGAUGAACUUCAAUCAAAAAAGCCUCUAGUGCUCUAUCCGGUUUUCUUAGUGCACUCAACACAAGCUGUUAUUGGAGUUCCAAGUAUUUUCACAGGCGUGAACAUCAAUUAA